UCUUAGUCUGUCAAGUUUCUCGUUGUGGAUUAGGUGGCACAGUUUGAGUACUGAUAAGUGUGAAUAAAUUAAAUGCUUGUUUUGAUCUCCCUGUGUUAGUUCAGAAUUCUCAUUGGGGUGUAUGUGAGCGCGAUUGUCAAAACUGUUCCACAGAUCCUCCCUUUAUUUUUUUGCUUUUACAAAAAGUUUCACCUGGGUGGGGUAUGGAAAAAUCUGUGGAUUUUGGACACACUUUACUUGUGAGCUCUCUGUGCCAUGUUGCUUUGCAUUGUGGCUUCCUGUGUCAAAACUUCCUGUUUUUUUGUAGAACAGACUUUUGCACUUUGCCACCUGUGGUACAUUUCUAAGGCUGAGAGGGCUGCAAUUCACAAAAUCCAUCAAUGUGCUGUGGUUUGCAUUUUGCUUCAAGCUGAAGUAGCUCAGAUGAAGUAAAUUAGACCCUCAAACAGUAAAUGGUGCAGGCUGUUACUAAAGGGGAAUUAAGCAGAAGUUAUUUCUAGAUGGGUAUAUUCUAGAUCCAAAGGAUGGUCAUGUGUCUUCCUCUCUGGUAUUGCCCAGUCUUAAAGUCUUUGGCUCUUCCAAAGCUCUGCUGUUGGUGGCUCGGGUGGAGGUGCUGAUGCUGCCUUCAGCCCCUGGCACAGUUUGGACAGCAACAGGAUCCUUCUCUUCGAUUCUUUUGCUCAUGUUCAGUCAAAAGUAUUUCAUGAAGGUUAAGAACAAUAUCAGAGAUAGUCAGACUAAAGCUUAUCAAGGUUAGGUGUGUGGGAGUUUUAAAGAGUAACAGUUUGGAUCUUCCCAAGAAUACAGGAAUCUGAAUUUUGAUUCAGCAAUCUAAAAAGAAGGGGAGGGGCUUAAAUAUCUAAGCUCUGAUGAAUUAAUUUUAAAUGCACAAUUUAACUACUUAACUAUAACUGAAUGUCAUAUUUGAACUUAUUUUUGUGUUGUAAAACAUCUUAAUUCUGGAUAAAAUCUGCUUUCAGAUGGUCAGUCAGCUGAAGAAUCAUUGUUGGGCAAAUUCUUCUGUUUUGGGAAUGUCACAGGUGAGGAUAAUAGCGAAGUGCAGGUGUUGAGGAUCGCCUGCAAAAGUGGUGAUCCUUAAUAAGAGAUUUGUGAUAUUUGCAGUUGAAACAACUGCCUUGAAUGGCCAGGCUUUUGCUAAACUUUUUGACCAAUCUGACAUAACUCUUGAAACUGAAACCCUCAGAUAGAAGAACCCCUCUGCUUGAUUAUUCACAUGUGAAUUCUGUUAUCACUUGCGCAGAAAACCUUUAACAAAUGAAAACAAAACAUGCUGGCUACAAUAGGAGCUGUAUCCAAACCCAGGGCUCUUAACUAGGUUUAAAAAUAAGUUUAUUUUCUUUUCUGGUCCAAAGUGUGCCUCAGCCCCUGUUUGGCAGGGGGGAGGGAUCAGCACUUGUUUUGCUUCAGUGUUUCCUGUCUUUCUUCAACUCUUUGGGAGCCAAGCAACAGUGUUUUGUCAUUUUCAUUGUACCACAGUUUAUGUAGGAUACGCAUGAGUGGAAGAAUUUCUGCUCUUACCAAGAGGCUGUGCCAUAGAAGAUGCACUAUUACCGAUAUUCUAAUGCAGAAGUCAGCUGUUGGUACAAAUACCUGCUCUUCAGCUACAACAUUGUCUUUUGGCUAGCUGGAGUGGCCUUCCUUGCAGCUGGUCUGUGGGCAUGGAGUGAAAAGGGUGUGUUGUCUGAUCUGACAAAGGUGACUGGUCUUCACGGUCUGGACCCAGUGGUGCUUGUCUUAGUGGUGGGAAUAGUGAUGUUUACUUUGGGAUUUGCUGGUUGUGUGGGAGCACUGAGAGAAAACAUCUGCCUGCUGAAGUUCUUCUGUGGAACAAUUGUGUUUAUAUUCCUGUUGGAGCUGGCAGUAGCAGUUAUGGCUUUCCUGUUCCAGGACUGGGUGAGGGACAGGGUAAAAGAAUUCUUUGAGAAUAACAUUAAAUCCUACCGAGACGACAUUGACCUCCAGAACAUCAUUGAUUCACUACAGAGAAUUAACCAUUGCUGUGGUGCACAAGGUCCAGAAGACUGGGACUUUAACAUAUACUUUGACUGCAAGAGUGAAAGCAAAAGUCGUGAGAAGUGCGGAGUUCCUUUUUCCUGUUGUAUACCUGAUCCUGCUCAAAAAGUUGUGAAUACGCAGUGUGGCUAUGAUAUCAGGAAGAAGAGCAAAAGUCAAUGGGAUGAUCAAAUUUUUGUCAAAGGAUGUAUCCAUGCGCUUGAAGCUUGGUUACCCCGAAAUAUCUACAUUGUUGCAGGUGUCUUCAUAGCUAUCUCACUGCUCCAGAUUUUUGGGAUUUUCCUAGCCAGAACAUUGAUUUCUGAUAUUGAAGCUGUGAAGGCAAGUAAUGCCUUCUGAAUAUGAAAGCAGACCCAUGUUGCAAGACAGUGUAUGUUAAGAUUAUUGAUUGGACACCAAGGCAGAAGGAAUGCACGGACCGUGAAAUACUCCUGCUGUUAAAAGCCUUAUGUGGAUUUUUUUUUUCCCUGCUCAUGGUUUUUGUUAGAAGCUGUUACAAAAAAAAAAAAAAACACCAAACACAUGCUGUCUACCUUUUUUCUGACAAGACAACUCAGUGCACCAGCAUUGAUCUCUGAGGAAGAAAUGGAAUUUCCCAAGACAUUGGCAGAACGGAUUUUAGAGACUGUAGCAGAGAGCCAUGAAACUCCUGUGAACCCUUUCCUUGAAGGAUGGCUAAGAAGAUUGUUCUGUCUUCACUCCUGUCUUAAAAUGUAAUCUUUUCAAAUGUCGCAUGCUGAUUUCUUCAGAACCUUGCAAUCAUAUUAAUCUCUCCAGUAGACUUUUUGGCAACAUAUCCAGCAAUCAUGAUUGGAAAUGGGGGAAAAAAAUCACAAAAUGUCUGCAUCUUUAGUUGAUUUGAGGUUGUGCAAACCCCACGCUGUUUUGAAAAACGCAAGCCAGCUCCCGGGAUUGGAAAAACCUGACUAUCUGUAGCAUUAAGUCUUACAAAUCUCCAUUUCAGGCAAGAGGGUGUAAAGCCCUGAAGCUGUUUCCUGUCUGAGAAAAAUGUAAAUAUUCUUUAUUUAUAGAAGAAAAACCUCUUUAAAAAUGCUUAUCCUUUCAAUGAUCAGUAAUAUCUUUAAAAAGUGCUGUCUGCAUACACUUCAGAAUGCAGCUUGUUUCAGUAGGUAGCAAGCGUGCUGUGCUAGCUGUUGAUGGCUUUUGUUAUUCCUCUGGUUUCUCUCAAUUGCUAUGUUGAUCUUCACAAGUCUUAACUGCCACUACCAGGACAGAUGAAAGACCUACAAAUUCAGUGUUAAUCUGUACUGAAAUGUGUUUUUAAAUAGGGAAGUACAGAUUUAGCAAAAUAUUCAAGUUGUUGAAUUUUAAAGUCUUGUAUAAAGCUAUUGAGCCAUCAGUUCUGCCUGGUUCAUGGUUCAAAUGUGAAUCAAAAUGCAGUGAAGCAGAAUGAUUUCUUCAGUCAUUUUCUACAUGAAGCAGAACUAGUCCUUCUUAAGUCAGGGUUUUCAUUUUAAUCAAGAGAAAAGUAAACUCUUCUUCCAGUCCUCCCUUUGUGGGAGUUAGUAGAUGGAUCUGUAGGUCAGUAGGAGUUCCAGUCUCUUCUGUAAGACUUUGGUGUUAUAUCCUUAGCUGGAAGGUGAAAGUAUGUGGCUGAAAAAUUUUUGGAAGUAGCUGCAGCUGUCAGUGUUACUGUGGGCCAUAUAGCUAACAUCAUUUACUGCUUCCAGGGACACCAGGUUUUUCAGGGAGAGCAGGUUCACUUACAGUGCCUAACACAGUGUAAAUUUUAGAAAAGUAUCUAUUUUUAUAAUAUUUUACUAUAUGUAGUGUGCCUGAAGGAUAUAAUACUUGUUUUUCUAAAGUAUAUGGCUUUCUUUGAAAGCCAAGCUUUUAAAUAUAUUAUGUCCUUUUUUUCUAUUAUGCAUAUAUUAACAAACAUUUCGCUGGCAAAAGUUGGUCAACAGUAAGAACCUUUGUGUCUGGUGGAUUGUCCAGACAUCCUUCUAGCUUGUAAUCUGUGAAGCACUUCAGACAGUGCUCAUCUGUACUUCAGCUUUCAUAGUUCUUUUUCUGGCCAGUGAUUGAGACACAACAGGAAAAGGAAGCUUGUCUAAGGAUUGCUGAUUUCCUUACAGUAGCAGAGAAUAGUCUGCUGCUAACUCAUCUGAAAACCUGAAAGUAAAAUGGCCGGAAGUACAGUGUGACUUUUUAAUUUUGGUGUACAACAAGAAAACAAUAGCAGUAGAUCACUGAGGGGAGAGCAAGAGGCAUUUCUUCUGUAAAGCUGUGAAUUUGAGGUCUGUGUUACCUGUUUGUUGAAUCUGAUCCACAAGGAGCAGCCAGAAAUGUGUGAUUGUACUACAACUUGGUAAGCAGCAGAGCAGUGGCCAGCAAACUUUGCUUUAAAUUCUGGUGCUUGAAACUUUUAACACCUCAUCAGCCAAUUUACUUGGUUAAGGUUAUGUGUGAUAAUCUGAUGUGUGUAAAAUCAGAGAAGGAAGAUUGCUAUUUGGAACCUUUUAGUCAUAAAACAUUGCAUUGAAAACACCAGCUAGGGAGUACAUUUCCCUUUGCCAGUUUUUGACACAGCCAGCUCCUAAUGCUAGGAAGGAAUUCCAGUGAUUUGGUAAAAAUCAUUCUGGUGUCAAAGAUGGCUGUGGAGUUCAUGCACUGAAAUUAGCUGCUGACAAGAGCCAGCAUUACAGAUUAGGAUUCCAGGGUCUGCAAAUCUUGCCAAGUUACCUGAAGACUAAUUAAUACUUGGGUUUUUUGGAAGUACUCUUUGUAUGCAAACCAGAAUUUAACUGAAGUACUGUAUUUCCACAGUUUGUUCUUAAUGGCUUUGUCCAUAUUAACACCAGCCUUUGUAUCAGUGUUUCAUUUAUUUGGAACUGAAUUUGACAGAAGUUCAAUUUAUUUGAGGACCUUUAAAUUCAUGGAGUGAUUUGUCCUUUUUGCCACUGUGGAUAAACUUCUCUGUGCUUAUUCAGUGUAACUUUUAAAAUCCUAGGGCUCUAGGUUAUUUUGCCCCUUUAUGCCCAUAAGUGGCUAGUGUAAUUUCAGACUUGUAAUGGGAACACUUUCUGCUUAGUUUCAUUUAGUACCUUCACUGUGGACCUGCAGUGACUUCAUGGCUAAAGAUUUAGGUUACGGUCUAAAAAAAAGUCUUGUCAGCAAAAGCAGCUGGGUAUGAGCCUGCCUCUGAAGCCUCAAAGGAAAAGUAAUUCAGUGGUCUCACCGAGAGGUCUGAUACAUUGUUGAUGUUGAAUUUCGGCGGUUGUAUUUGGAACAAGUUCACCAACACUACAGUGGAACCAGGGUUUUUUGAUGAAGAUGUCAAAAGAGGUCAGACUUGAAGAACUGGACUGAGAGAAGCAAACUUCAAUGUGAUCACUUUAUUUCUCAGAAAUGAGCACAACUUAUUUCCGUUAAGCAAUGUAUGUAUUUGUCAGUCUGACAGUGCAACUGCCUCUGGUUUUAUUGAUAUAACUGCAUUUGGACACAGUUUCCCUGUACAUGAGGAGGAGGAUGAAUAUAAGCACUGAAAAAAGUGCAAUGACCAAAGGACCUUGGGUUGCCUUGUGAAAACCUGAAUGUUUCUUCCCAAGAGAUCUUUAGCUUUGAGCUCAUGCAGUGCCAUGUGGACAGACUUGUGCUUCCAGUCCAUGGAGCUCAUGUGGCCAUUGAUUUAUGUGUAGAAUUGCCUUGGGUUUUGUAUCCCCAUUCCAUCCUUCCCUCUUUCUUCCCCUUACUGCCUGUGCGUUGUCAGGCAGUUUGAACAUUGUUCAGCCACUGAGAAAGGAGCUCCUGUCUCCUCUUCUGAGAUGGCUUUUCUGAGUGACUUUCAAUAUAUUUUUUUCUCAAGCCUUAAAUUUGAUUAAAUAAAAUUCAGUAUUUUCUA